CUGCUGUUCCAGAACGUCACCCUGAAAGACACAGGGUACUACACCGUACAAGUUAUGAGGACAAAUCUUCAGAAUGAAGAAGUAACUGGACAGUUCCGUGUGUACUCGGAGUUACCCAAACCCUCCAUCACAAGCAACAGCUCCAGCCCCGUGGAGGAUGAGGACUCCGUAGCAUUAACCUGUGAACCUGAGACUCAGAACACAACCUACCUGUGGUGGAAAAAUGGUCAGAGGCUCCAAGACAGUGACAGGCUGGUGAAGUCCCUGGACAACAGGACGCUCAUUUUACUCAGUAUCACAAGGAAUGACACAGGAUCCUAUCAGUGUGAAAACAGGAACCCAGUGUUUGGCCACCUCAGUGACCGAAUCAACCUGACUGUGCUCUAUGGCCCCGACGUCCCCACCAUUUCCCCUCCAGACUCCUAUUACCGUCCAGGGGAAAACAUCCACCUGUCUUGCUACGCGGCCUCUAACCCACCUGCAAAAUAUUACUGGCAUAUCAAUGGGAGUCUCCAGAUAUCCACCCAACAGCUCUUCCUCCCCAACGUCACUGUGUAUUACAGCGGAUCCUAUGUCUGUAUCGCCAACAAUGCUGUCACUGGCCAUGCCAGUGGCACAGUCCUGAACAUCACAGUUUCUGAUAGUCCAUCACGAGGAAAUUCUUUGGGCCUCUCUGCUGGAACCAUUGUUGGCAUCAUGAUUGGAGUCCUGGCCACGGUGGCUUUGAUGUAGCAUCCCUGGUGUAUUUUCUGUACUUCAGGAAGCCUUGCAGCCAUCCUUCAAAGAUCAAGUGUUCUCUCUUCGGCCGGAACAACAGAAACUCAAGGAAAUGUGUGACUGGGAGGACACCAUAACCGACCAAGGAUGCCUUGUUACUGGGAUCCCAAAGUGAGGACAACUGAGAGUAGCCCCACUGCCUUAUGUUUUGGUCACACUCUCUCCUCCGUGAGAGCCUACUGGCUCCAAAACAGAGUCACUCAUGCUAAAUGCCACGUACUCAAACUGAAACUCAAGGAAACAGAAAGAACCAAAAACAGAGAGCAGUUUUUCCUAAAAAGAGGAGAUUCCAGUCUGAAUCAGCAUAAUCGGGCAGAUCCCUUUGCUUUCACUCUUACCAAUAAGGAACCUGAAGUAACUUGAUUUUAACAAUGAGUUUUCUCUUGU